UUCGCAGAAGUUGCAAGCGUCCAUUUAUUUGGAUAAUUUGAAGAAAAGAAGUGAAAAAUUAAGAAAAAAUGUCUUCUCGGCGUGUCUUAAGCGAUGAUCUGAAAACACUAGAGUUUGAAACUAGUGAAGAUGUGGAUGUCACACCGACCUUUGACAGUAUGGGGCUAAGAGAAGAGCUGUUAAGAGGAAUUUAUGCUUACGGUUUUGAGAAGCCAUCAGCCAUUCAGCAGAGAUCAAUUAAACCAAUUGUUAAGGGCAGAGAUGUCAUUGCACAGGCACAGUCUGGUACAGGAAAGACUGCAACAUUCUCAAUCUCUACACUACAAUGUCUUGACACACAGGUUCGAGAAACACAAGCUUUGAUUCUGUCACCAACUCGUGAAUUGGCAACUCAAAUACAGAAAGUCAUACUUGCACUUGGUGACUACAUGAACGUUCAGUGUCAUUCGUGUAUAGGGGGUACAAACAUUGGUGAAGAUAUCAGAAAACUAGAUUAUGGACAACAUGUUGUUUCUGGAACACCAGGCCGAGUAUUUGACAUGAUCAAGAGGAGGAACUUGAGAACCAGGUCUAUCAAGAUGCUGAUUCUAGAUGAAGCUGAUGAAAUGUUAAACAAAGGAUUUAAGGAACAGAUUUAUGAUGUAUACAGAUACCUGCCCCCGGCAACACAAGUUAUUCUGAUCUCUGCUACUUUACCACAUGAAAUUCUGGAAAUGACAAGCAAGUUUAUGACUGACCCUAUAAGAAUCCUUGUUAAACGUGAUGAAUUGACACUGGAAGGUAUCAAGCAGUUCUUUGUUGCCGUGGAGAGAGAGGAGUGGAAAUUUGACACAUUAUGUGAUCUCUAUGAUACUCUUACAAUAACACAGGCUGUCAUCUUCUGUAACACAAAGAGAAAGGUGGAUUGGCUGACAGAGAAAAUGAGGGAUGCUAAUUUCACAGUUUCAUCUAUGCAUGGAGAAAUGGUCCAAAAAGAAAGGGAGACAAUUAUGAAAGAAUUCAGAUCAGGGGCUAGUCGAGUGUUGAUAACAACAGAUGUGUGGGCUAGAGGUCUAGAUGUACAACAAGUGUCCCUUGUCAUCAACUAUGAUUUACCAAACAACAGAGAAUUGUAUAUUCACAGAAUUGGUCGAUCUGGAAGAUUUGGUCGUAAAGGUGUGGCCAUCAAUUUUGUGAAGAAUGACGAUAUCAGAAUUCUGAGAGAUAUUGAACAGUACUAUUCUACACAGAUAGAUGAAAUGCCUAUGAAUGUUGCGGAUUUGAUCUAAUUACGUUUUAUAUUUGGACAAUGUUGGAAUAAAGAGCCAAUGUAGCAGCUGCCUAUACCGGCAUCCUGAAUUGAGGUGAAAGAACUAAUGUUUUGUAACAAAACAUUUUAUAUAAGAAGUGAUAUAACAAGGAAAUAAUAAUUUAUGACAAUAUUUUCAAGUUUUUUUUGUUAUUUUUGCAUCAACAAAGUUUGAUAAAUAGUGUGUUAGGUAAAAAAAUUGAUUACAGAAUUUGAAUGUGAAUAGUGAUGUUUAAGCCUUAUAAUUUUUCGUCUUAAAUAAUGUUAAAAGGUUAACAUUGGAAUUGAAUAUAUGAUAUGAUUAUAAGACAUUUUGUAUAGAUACUUCCUUUCCGAGUGUUAUGUUCCUUUUUGUGGUUUUAAUUCUGAUGUAAGAUCAGCAAAAUUAUAGCUAUGAUUUAGACAUUGAUAUGAGUGAUUUGAAGAAAUUUCCAUGUAUUUAAAAUAGAAUUUGAAAAUAAUUUUAUGUAAUAAAGUAUGUAAUGUGAUAGAAACUAAGCACAAAAUGUAUUUCCUGGAUUACUCACACAUACCUCAGCAAUUCUUUUGUUAAGAAUCAUGGGCAAUACUGUAUUUUAGAUAGAAAUAUUUGUCAUUUUUGUCUGAAAGAAAAAAAAAACCAACAAAAAAAGCACAAGGUGAUGUAAGUUGAAAUUCAAGUUUAUUAAGUUUUGUAAAAAGAAACAGAAGUUGACUAAGAUAAGAAUUAAUGUUCAGUAGGUAUUCAGUUGGUGAACAUUUUUAGUUUUAUUAUUUAAUCGUAUUGAAGAAAUUAAAUGUAGAGACAUAUAGAAAUGUGUCACUUACAUUAAACAGCGAAAAAUAGAGUACUUCUGAAAUAUACAGAUAUUUUAAUUAUUUGUGAAUUCGUUGUUUUGAAUUGCAUUAAUCGGUCAGUUUAUAUCUCAGCAUGGUGAUUGGUAGAUUUAAUAAACUCAAUAGAUUCAUGACUUUGAAGCACAUGUUUUUUCUUAACAUGGAUUAUAUACUUAUAUUUCGUAUGAUUUCAUUAGAAAACAUGCCAGUUACUAGCCGGAAUUACCUGUUAGUACUGACAUAGAAUGUUGAAACACUAUUGAGGCACAUGUGUCCCUCAGUAUAUGACCAAAUAGUGUUAAAAUAGAGUUUUAUUUUGAUUAAAGAAACAAAACAUAGUUUUAUGUUAAUAAAAUGAUGUAUGACUUAGUCAAGAAAGCGAGAUAUGUUUCAAUAUGAUGUAAUCAACAGUUUAAAGUUGCAUGUUUCCAGUUGAGUGGUCAACGUUUCUUUAUUUCAAUAUUUCUGUCUAGUUGCUUACAUAAUAAGGACUAUUUUUGUAUAAUUUGACACAUUUAAGGUUAUGUGUUUGCGACUGAAUUUAACUUUGCGACCAGUCUGCUCAUAGUCUUCACUGUUUCUUAUUUGUUCAUAUCUUAUUUUGAUGAAUGGUUUGGUCCAAACUGGAAAGUCUCAAGAUUGAAAUAUUGACAAGUUCAUUAAGAUAUUUACAAUUUCAAUUUUGAAGAAGAAAAAAAAGUUGCAUGAACCUGGAGAUUUGCUGCUUUAAUAAUUGUCAACAUUUAAUCAUGUACAAUUAAAUCAUUAUAACAUCAUUCCAUGUAGAAUCAUUGUCAUGGACAGAGAACAUACAUGUACAUAUUUUCAUCCUGUAUUUUUCAUAUGUAAAUGUGUCAAUAAAAGAGAUGUGAAUGUUA